UUAACAAAAAUCCGAAGCAAGCUAAAUCGUUUGCCAUCAGAUAUGCUAUAGCUUAUAUCUAUAAUUUUUAGGUUCUGGCCUUCGUCUUACAAAAUUUUCAUUCAAUGGGCACUUGAGAGUAGCGAUCAAUGAACCAUGAAAGAUUCAAUCUGCAGAAGAAGAUGAUUGCUUUGACCUUUCACGGAACAUUUACACACUAACAAAGUUCUUUUCAUGAAUAUAAGCACAUGAGAUGAAGUUAAAAUGGCAGAACCAAUAUCUAUGUGUGAAGGAGCUCUUAUAUUGAACCAGGCACAAUUUAUACAAUUUGAGCGAGGUGCAGUGACAAUUGCUGGUAGAGAGUAGUAGCUUAGAUCUUAUGAAUUAUUGCUGGACUUGUGGUACAGUCAGGGAAUACCAUACCUCGAAGUCACACGACCAGGACAAUAUCUGCAAGGGACUGAAGAUUAAAUGUAAUUAACAAUCGGGAAGUAACUUAUCUUCCUUUUUUUCUUUGAGUGCUAGCUGUGCUGAAUCAUGGCAUGGAAAUUAGAAAUAAGACAUUUUAGGAAAUAGGACAUGCAUAAAUAUAAUUCGUUCAUACAUUGUGCUCAGUUUAUUUGCUUUGACUCAAUAUUGAAGUUUUUCUUUUAAAAAAGAAUAAUGCUUACUCUGACUUUUGUAUUUGUAUUUUCUUGGUUUUGUAGCGAAGCAAAUCUAAGGUUAUACAAUCAAUCUGAGCAUGGCAUAUGGUCAGGCUGCAAUGCUUCUUUCCCUUGGUGUCAAGGUCAAAAGAGGAGUGCUGCCAGAUUCAAUCACAAAACUGCACCUGCCUAAGGUCCACAAAUCUGGUGGAGCUGCCAUUGAUAUGUGGAUUAAGGCAAAAGAAUUAGAUACAAACACAGAUUACUACCUUGAUCUUUUGUCUAAAGGAGUUGGUAAACCGAAGGAAGAGUUAGCAGAGUUUCUAUUGGUAGCUUUCUGCUGACUAUUUCUGCUUGUGGAUUAGGAUCUGACCGCCCAGCUGGCCAAAGCUCAGGAGAUGCGGCAAUGGGGUAAGCGUGCAGCAGCUGGAGCUGGGCGAUGGACAGCUCCAGCUGCACCCAUAUAGAUUAGAAUGCUACAUGAAAACGUAUGGCCAUCUUGAUGACGAUGUGGUUCUCCUAUACAAAGAAGUCUUCCUCUUGUAUGCUUGCAAAGAACUGCAUGAAGCUCAGGAUAGAUGCUGGUUAAUGAAAUGUUGUAAACCGUAGCCUACUAGCUUCAGUUGUGCUCUGUAUCAUGUAUGUGUAAUUUUUGCCACCCUCGGGCCGCAGCUGUAUUCUCUGAGAUUUCACCAGUUGAAAUGAUAGCA